AUUGAUGAUUUACUCACCUGUUUUACUCAGUGCUGUUGGCCGUCAAUUCCAGUGCUAUGCCGUUUACAUAAUUUCGGGACACACCGACUUUCAAAACGAGCACAACAAAACUUUUCCCCCAUUUGACGUAGAAUCAGGAAGUCACGGGAUAGUUUUGCUUCGGGUUUUCGAGUAUCAAAACAGUGUGAUUGUUGCUUUCUCUAGAGUAAAAAAUGAGCCGAAUUUAUAACAAUACGUCCUUGCAGAAUAAACCUGUUCAUAAUGAAAAGAUUGAGCACGCGUGGGCACCCUCCUCAUAUCAGAGUGGUCUAGGUGUCAUAUUAGAGGGAAAGUUGGUUGAUGUCUCACGCCAUGUUAUCACUGACGUCAACAAUCAGAAGGACCGUUUCUAUGUCCUAUACAGAUUGCCACAUGUUGUGCUGUAUUGGCAGGACCGUUUCUAUGUCCUAUACAGAUUGCCACAUGUUGUGCUGUAUUGGCAGGACCGUUUCUAUGUCCUAUACAUCAAACCUAGUCGAAUCCACCGAAGGAAAUUUGAUGCUAAAGGAAUGGAAAUUGAACCAAACUUCAGUGAUACCAAAAAGGUCAACACAGGUUAUCUCAUGUCAUCAUUCAAGGUGGAGGCUAAAGGAGAGACUGAUUGCCUCACUGAGGUCCAGCUGGAAAACCUAGUGACCAAGGAGGAUCUGGUGAAAGUGACAGGGAAACACUGUCUAAGUGGGACCUAUGCUUUCUGGUACCCAGAGGGAGAGAUGAGCAAGACUGAACUAGAAACAGGCCAGGACAUUCGACUGAAAACCAAAGGCGAUGGCCCAUUUAUCUUUUCCUUGGCCAAAGUCGAUGGAGGCACAGUGACCAAAUGCAAUUUUGCCGGAGACAAAGAAGCAGGAGCAUCUUGGACAGACAAAAUAAUGUCCAAUAAAUCCGAUGCCAGCAGUGCAACGAAGUCUGAAGGCCAUGGGGAGGGAGCAGAUGAGGAGGAAUGGGAUGAUUGAGGAGAUGAAUGGAAUUGCACAGUAAAACCUCCUUAUUACUGUGUUGGUUUGUACGCCACGGUUCCACCCUCCAACAAUGCUUGUGCCGCAUAUGCACACAAAAGAGGAAGAGGGUUGUUUCAUUUUUUAUUCAGCACUCCUUUUGUAAUAUAGAGUUCUCUACAAGAAAUUGACAAAUCUGGCUAUUGCAGUGUAUCUUCGGUAUAGGGGUGUACAUGUAUUGCUUUGAACCUGUCUUUGGUAAACGUCAUAAAUGCUUUACUUCUCUACUAUCUCUCUAUUGAAAAUGUAUCCUUGUUUGUAGGAGGGUACAAAUGAUAUGUACUGCACAUAUUAACCUUGUAAUAAAACAAAUGGCAAUUUAUCUGAUGGGGUUGUUCUAAUGAUGUGUGUCAUCCAAAAUGUAAACAAUCAAUUGGGUAAGAGUGGUCAUGCAAGGGCAGAGUUAUAACUUUUACUAGUAGAGUAGCCAUUGUCUGCUAAUCAGAAUAUCAGUGUGUGCAAAUGUAUGAAGUUGCCAAAUAGAUGUAGGCUACAGUAGGUGAUUUUAAAUCAUGCAUUCUCCCCCAAAAAAUUGAAACUGUUUGGGUUGCCAACAUGAAUGAAUACAUUACUUGUGUACAUGUAACAAAUAAACUAAAUGUCUCUCAGUU